AACCGUGGGCAGGCGGUUGGAACGGUUCAGUUUCUUCGGUCGCGCGUGGUGCAGCAGCAUAUUUCCGGCACAACAAAAAAAAAAAAAAAACGGCAGUUACAUUCCGUUAGCGCAUUUUAAAUUUCCUUCUUGCGUUCGCGCUUGUCGUUUUGUCAAAAGCACGUUUUUGACGUUCUUGCGCGCAUAGCGCGACACGGCAGACCGCACAGCAGGCUGGGUACGGUGAUUCGGAUCGAUAUUGGAGCGCUAGAACUUUUAUCACCUUCCGGGGCAACACCGGGGUGUCGGUCCAGGCAUAAGGAAAGCAUCCCAGCAGGCGCAAAGCAACGGGGUCGCCUGCUGCUGUUAACGCUACUGUUUUGUGGCAUUUUCGGCUGUCGGUUUUGCUGGUGGGCGCAUUCAAUGUGAGCGAAAAGGGAGGUCCCUUUUUAUUGACCAGUGCCAAAGUGAUAGUGUGUGUGCCAAAGGAUUGAAAAGGUGGCUCGCAUCAGUAGCUCGAAAAAAUGGGUGUAAAUGAUAGUGAAGCUCGCAAGGAUUCGAUUACAUCAUCGCUCUGCUCGUCACAUUUGGAUCUGGAGCUGCUGCAGCGAAUGUUUGUAAAGAAUGAGCCAGAUGUAACGAUUGACUCGUACGAGGAAGCGCAAGGGUCGGGACGCGGCGACAACUACACGGCCGCCCUCUUCCGCAUCGCGCUCAAGGGCCACACGCUGCCGGACGGCGGCACGAAAAAGCUCAAGUGGGAAAAGAGCAUCAUCUGCAAACGGCUGCCGGACUGCAAGAUCAAGCGCGAAGCGUUCAAAAGCGAAGCGCUGUUCCGCAACGAGGUCGUGUUCUACAACACCAUCAUGCCCGAGUACGUGGCGUUCCAGCGGCGGCAGGUGGAGACGGUCGGCGCAGGCACCGACGUGCCGGCGAGCGAGCGGCUCUUUCAGGCCAUCCCGCACUGCUACCUGGCCCGGGACGAUCUGAUCGUGCUGGAGGAUCUGCGGGUGCGCUCGUUCACGAUGCCGGACCGGCAGGCGGGCCUCGGACCGCAGCAGCUCGAGGCGGUGCUGGCGGAGCUGGCCCGCUUUCACGCGGUCAGCCUCGCGUACCAGCGGCGCCAUCCGGCCGAGUUCCGGCAGCUGACCGGCGCGCUUGAGGAGGGCAUCUUUUCGCAGGCGAACGAGGAAUGGUACCGCCGGUACUACGACGUGCUGACGCGCAACGCCAUCCAGAUGGUGCGGCAAACGGUGCCGGAAAAGCGGGACCAUCUGGCCAAGCUGGAGGCAUUCCUGGGCAACUGUUUCGGCCACCUGGUGGAGCUGGUAAACCGGACCAGCGAGCUGUCGGUCAUCUGCCACGGCGACUGCUGGACGAACAACAUACUCUUCCGGUACGAUGAUGCCGGCGCAAUCGCUGAGACGUGUUUGGUGGACUUUCAGCUCAUCCGGCACGGUUCGCUAGCGCUCGAUCUCGCCUACCUGAUCUACUGCUGCACCGAUGGGGCGCUGCGCAAGAAGAGCCUGCAGCACUGGCUGCAGACGUACCACCAGCAGCUGGUACGCUCGCUGCGGCUGCUGCUGGGCGGCGGCGGGUUCGCCGAAGCGUUCGGCUCCGACCAGCGGCUGUGGGAGCAGAUCGGCGACGAGUUCAGGGUGUGCGCCCGGUUCGGGCUCGGCGCGGCCAUGGACAUGCUGCCGAUCAGCACCUGCUCGUCGGAGGAGGCGCCCGAUCUGUACGCGAGCGGGACGGAGACGGCCGCCACGCCGCCCGAGCUGAACGUGCCGCCGAACGAGCUGUGCCGGCAGAAGAUGACCAUGCUGGUGCUGGAGCUGAUCGAUGGCGGCAUGCUGUGAGGCGCAGAAACGAAAGAACGCUGACGGCGGUGGCGGUGGCGGUUUAAAGGCUCUCUAGGAGGAAGGCGUGCCGGUCGUUACUAGCGAUACCUGAGCGUUGGGACCCGCGAGGGGUGGGUCCGGGGAAUGUUGGCAGUAUUUUAGGGGCCCCGCAGGGCUGUAGCAAAUGUACUAUUCGUUAGUCAACUGUGCCGAUUAUGCACUAUGCUCGUGCUCGUUUAUGCUACCCAAUGACAAUAAAUAUAUGAUAUUAUGCACAAUCGCUGUAAA